AGGGGUCAGCGGCGGCGGUGGCGGCGGGGCUUUUCUUUUCUCUUGUUUCUCCGGCGCGGCGGCUGGAUUCUUUCGAUAGCAGCGAGGAUUUUGGAUUGCAUUGGAUUGGAUCGUUGCGGCGCUGCUCCAGGAUUGUUGGGGAUUUCGCAUCUCCCGCGCGGCGCUGGCGUGUCUAGGGCCGCGGGGCAGCUCCCAGGAGCUGCGCAGCGUUCUUGCUGAGGCGGUGCGGCAAAGAAAUCGGGGAUUUCUCCCCGGGAUUUUGGAGCUGUCCAUGCGCGGCGCCCGAAAAUGAGAGUCCAUGGAUUGGAUUGCAGCAGCACCAGCGUCUCCGGACGAGGCUGUCCAUAUUUCGACCCGGAAUACGACACUCUUUCGCUAAGAUUAGAUCCUCCAAGUGUCGUGAUCGAUAACACAAGCUGUCCGGACGCCACGCUUAUCAAGGUUGAUAGCAAAAACAAGCAUGGAAUUCUUCUCGAGGUCGUCCAAGUUCUCACAGACCUCGACCUGGCGAUUUCCAAGGCCUACAUUUCUUCCGAUGGUGGCUGGUUUAUGGAUGUCUUCCAUGUGACGGAUCAGCUGGGAAACAAGCUCACAGACGAGGGAAUCAUCGAUUACAUCCAGCAGUCGCUCGGAGCAAAGCAAGAUUCCCAGACGACCGAGGUCCAAACUUGUCUCGGCCGGCGGGUCAGCUUACGGUCCAACACAGAGCAAACUGCCAUCGAGCUUUGCGGGAGGGAUCGCCCGGGCCUCCUCUCCGACAUCUCUGGAGUCCUCAAGGACAUGAUGUGCAACGUUGUGGCUGCGGAGGUGUGGACGCACAACUUGAGAGUGGCUUGCGUGGUCUACGUCACGGACGAAGUCACGGGUGGCCCCAUCGAAGACGAGAAGAAACUGGCGGUAAUCAAGGCGAGGCUGUCCCAAGCUUUGCAAGGUGACGAGAGCGGAAAAGGCUCCAAGACCGAUAUCCCGAUGGCCGUGCUCCACACCGAGAGGCGGCUCCACCAGAUCAUGUCCGCCGACUUUGCUGCCAUCCAGCCGGAGUCGACGAACACUUUCGUGGCCGCCGCCGAUAAGACCAGGCCAGCCAUCUCUGUCCAGAACUGCGCCGAGAAGGGAUACUCCGUCGUCAACGUCCGGUGCAAUGACCGCCCAAAGCUACUCUUCGACACGGUGUGUACGUUAACCGACAUGAAGUACGUCGUCUUCCAUGCCGCUAUCCGGUCCGAGGGAUCUUUCGCCUAUCAGGAGUACUACAUCCGCCUCAUGGAUGGCUGCACGCUAAAGUCGGAAGCCGAGCAGGAGUACGUCGUCAAGUGCUUGGAAGCCGCCAUAGAAAGACGAACCGGCGGGGGAAUCCGGCUGGAGCUUUGCACCAAGGACAGGGUGGGCCUCCUGUCCGACGUGACUCGCAUCUUUCGCGAGAACGGACUCUCGGUGACGAGAGCGGACGUGUCCACACAAGGUGACAAGGCCGUCAAUGUGUUCUACGUGACGGACGCGUCCGGGAACCCGGUGGACAGGCGGAUCGUGGAGGCGACGCGCAAGGAAAUCGGGCAAAGCAUUCUCCAGGUGAAGGAUUUGACGCCUUCUUCCCCAAACUCCCAGCACGAGGUCGCGAGCAAGUCGAGGUUCUCGUUUGGGACCUUUCUCUACAGCCUCGGCCUGAUAAACUCGCAACAAGUCUAGAGCUUGAAGCACAGCCGUUGGAUGGCGAACGCCGGAUGGUCAUGACCGUCCGUUUGUAUAACAGCCGGAGUUUGAAUCACAACCGUUGGAUGGCGCCGACCGUCCGUUUGUUGGAA